AUGGCCCCUGUGAGAACUUCAUCCGUGUCGCUUCUGCUGCUGCUGAGUCUGGCGGCUAUCGUGAAGGCAGCAAUAGCCAUCCCACAACCACCAGGAUGCCCGAAAACUGAGGACAAGAACUUCCCGCAGCAUGUGAAGGUCAACUUAAGCAUCUUUAACCGGAAUACAAAUUCCAGAAGACCCUCAGAUUACAGCAACCGAUCCACCUCACCUUGGACUUUCCAACGCAACGAGGACCCGGAGAGAUACCCCUCUGUGAUCUGGGAGGCCAAGUGCCGCCACUUCGGCUGCGUCAGCGCUGAAGGGAAGGUAGACCACGACAUGAACUCCGUCCCCAUCCAGCAAGAGAUCCUGGUCCUGCGAAGGGAGCCUCGGCACUGCCCCCACUCCUUCCGGCUGGAGAAGAUGCUGGUGGCUGUGGGCUGCACCUGUGUCACGCCCAUUGUCCACCGCAGGGCUUAA